CGAUGGAAGUCGAGCUUCCCGCUGCGUUUGAAGAUGCGCCGAUUAGCGACCUUGUCGUGCUGAUAGCCGACAUGCUCGACCGUCUCAUGUCCCACAACGAUCGUAUCGCGCUCAGCCCGCAGGCGCUCACCCGCUUCCACUCCCGCACCGCGCCCGCCAUCUCUGUCCUCGACUACCUCCGCCGCAUCACCCGCUUCAUCAACGUCGAGCGCUCCUGUCUCCUCGUCACCCUUUACUACAUCGACGCCAUCUGCGCUCGCCACUCUCUCUUCACACUCUCCUCCCUCACCUGCCAUCGCUUCCUCAUCACAGCCAUCGCAGUCGCCAGCAAGUGUCUCUGCGAUACCUUUUGCACAAAUGCCCUCUACGCAAAGGUCGGCGGCAUCAGCGUUACGGAGCUCAAUAUCCUCGAGAGGGAGUUUUUGCAGAUGAUCGAUUGGCGGCUGAUGUGCACUCGCGAGAUCCUCUCAGAGUAUUACACAAACCUAGUCAGGACAAACGCUUCCGGAAGGUACGCCAUCGCUGACGACGAUUCGCCCAUGGCAGUCCAGCCUCGCAUACCAUCUGUACCACCGCAAGACGUCUCCCAGCGACCCACCAUCGAGCAAAAUAUGGCUUUUGCAGCUCAUCAGAGAGGCGAGGGAUAGCUCUAGACACCCUAAUUUAUUCAUUCAUUUUAACAUUCCUAAUUGGUGUAUAAGAUAUAGUGAAUUCGUGCUGUUGAUGCAAUUUUUACACUAAACUCUGCACGC